AGACUCCUGAUAUUCACAUCCUAGACUUCUUUGGAGAACCUGAUCCUGAGACUCCAGCACUAUGUCUUACCAACAGCAGCAGUGCAAGCAGCCUUGCCAGCCUCCACCUGUGUGCCCACCUCCGAAGUGCCCAGAGCCUUGUCCUCCUCCAAAGUGCCCUGAACCUUGUCCUCCUGCAAAGUGUCCAGAGCCUUGUUUUGUGCCAUGUCCCCCUCCCUCAUGCCAGCAGAAAUGCCCUCCGAUGCAAACUCCUCCCCCCUGUCAGCAAAAGUGUCCACCCAAGAGCAAGUGAGGACUUCAGCAGUCAUGAGGAUAAGGGGAAGAGAAGAGAAUCUAUUUCAUGUAGCUGCAAAGAAAUACCUUCCUUUUCCCUCCAAAGCCUUUCAUGAAUGCACAGGAAUCUUCUCCACUUUUCCCUCUGCAUGUGCCUGUGAUGACCGCUUAUACAGAAGUUUUCCUGUUUUUGCUAUCUUGAGCCUGCUGACAAUGAUCUGUCCUCAAUGAUUUGGCAUUCCAGACAGUCAGUGUGAAGUUUAGCUGUUAUCUAUCCUCUGCACUCAGGAGAUGUUUCUCCAAAUUUCUGUUACCUUAGUUGUAGUGCUGCAAUUGAAAUUCCAUUUCCUGAAUAAAUCACAAUCUGAUGAAUGG